UAAAACGAUUUAGUAUACAAUCUUCGUUUGCACUUAUCAUUUUGCUUAAAACCUCACCGAGAAUCGCACCUCUUUGAGAAUCGAUACGAGAAUCGGUAUUUUAUAUUCGUUUUUUAAUAUCGAUUAUUUUGCGUUGCGAUUAUUUUUGUUUUUUUUUCUGCUUAAUUUGUGUUUGUGUUUCACCUGUUUUUUUUGGGAUAAUGGCUGUUAAAAUGACUUCGCUGAACUCAAUAGUGUGCAUUCUGCUAGUGCUGUGCCUGGCGGUGCUCGUCCGGGAAUCAAACGCGCGACCCCCGUGGCUGGCGCCCGGCAGCGGAGUGUUUACCGAGUCCGCUGAAUGUCAUACUGAUGAUGAGCUACUAGACCUUUGCCAGAGAUGCGCCAAGCUCACCAAGUCCAAACUGGCAUAUCCAGCAUGUUGCUCCACAGAUCUUCAAGCCAGAAAGUGGUGUUCUGACUACGUAUAUUUCGGCAGAGGUCAAUAUGACUUCUACUGACCAACAAAUAGUCAUUAAGUAGUCAUAAGUUUGACUUUAGGAGUGGUAGAUUGACUGACCUUUUGACAAAAGGUGAAGAAGGCGUUUUGCAUUUAAUUUAAGUAGCAACUUUGUUACUGAUAAUGUCUUCUUUUAAGUAUUUUUUGGACGUAAUGGAGGGCGGUCUUUGAAAAUAUUUUUGUGCUAGAAUUAUCUGAAUAGCUUUUACUGUUACCAGAAAAAUUAAGGCAAGAAACUAGGUGAAAAUGUGUUUUAUAUAUUGCGAUUGGUCUUGACACUAAUUUCGUUUAUUUCUUGUUUGAAACUUUUCCAUAUUUUUUUCCUCAAAUUGAGUAAUUUUCAAGUCAAAUGAUAUUUAUAAGAAUUUCUUUCAAAGAUCCGCUAUUCUAAAUAAGUCCAAGUUUUGAAAAACUGCGUCGUCAGUCAUACCGAACUAAAUAAGUAUGUAUUUUAUACACUAAAAUGUAGUUAUUUUUAUAACAAAUGUUGUACAUAAUUAUAGUGAAUAAGCUAGGUGUAAUUUAAGAGAGAAGAAGCAUUUAAAUCGCAUAGACAGACACACAUACAUAGGUACAUUUUGAAUUUAUUGAAAUAUAUUUCUCAAUGUGAGACCAUCUUGUAAUAAUCAUAAGGAUCAACUAAAAAAAUGAGAACUUUCUUAGAAAAUUUUCUUUUAACUUUCUACAUGUUUUUAGAACUUUGCAACCUUUCACAAAAAUUUACUGCCUGUAAUGGUCUCGACCUGCAUUGUAAAAAUAUUCCUAUUUUGUUUUGAAGAGAUUAAUCAGCAUAGUUAGAGGAUGAGACAUUAGUUAGUAAAUAUGUCUAGAACCGCUAAUUACUGUUAUGUAUUACAUAUAUCCGUGUGGUCACUGGACUAAACAUUAAUUAAUAUUAAUUAUCAUUAAGCUAAUUGGCAACCUUUGCGCAGCCGUGCGAAUUGUGAUUCAUACACAAACAUGUGAUUUAUAAACAUGAUUACUAAAAUAUGUAUGUGAAACUAAAAUUUCAAAUAUUUUAGGAUUUUAUUUUAGUUUUCACUAAAAUAAACUACUUCAUCAGAUAUAUUGUUAAAUAGAAAAAAAAUGCGAAAUUGAAUCUGAAUUGGAUUCAAAAAUUGAAGCUGUGAUAAAAAUGUAAAUAUUUCUUUUAAUGUGUAAUGUUGUAAAUAUUAUUUAUGUAAGUGUGCAAUUUAAACGUCUGAAGUGAAGAAGUAACUAAGAAUAUAAGAUUUUAAGUAUCUAAGUAAAUAAAGUAAAAUUACUUUUUACUGAUAUGAA